CCGAUUCUCUAAUCGCCCGCCCCCACCUAGUAUUCUGGAAUUGCGGACACAAGGAGAUGCUGUCCGUGCAGGAAGCCCUUGAGCUUGCGUCGUCCAGCUGCGGCACGACGAUGGACGUUACCACGUGCGGGUUCACGCCGUGGGGGCCCGAGUCGUGCCCUGGCCUGGAGCAGGUGAUGGCGUCGACGCCGGCCGCGGCAGCGAGGCACCCGGACCCCGAGGAGGAGGAGAGGCGCCGGCGGCAGCGCCGCAAGCUGUCGAACCGGCUGUCGGCGCGCCGGUCGCGAGCGCGGAAGCAGCAGCGGCUGGAGGAGCUCCGCGCGGAGGCGGCGCGGCUCCGCGGCCAGAAGCGGGAGCUGGAGGCCAGGCUGCAGGCCCUGGCGCGGCACGGCCUCGCCGUGCGCUGCCAGAACGCGCGGCUCCGCGCCGAGGCCGCCGCGCUCGCGCGCAGGCUCCUCGCGAUCGCGUCGUACGCCCAGCAGCCGCAGCAUAAGGCCGGAGUCGCGCCCGCGCCGGCGGCGGCGCUGCUGGGGCUGGCGUCGCUGACGACGUAGGCGGCUGGCGAGAGGGACGUUCUUCUGCCCGGUGGAACGAAGUCUCGCGCCCACUCGCAGUUGCAGUCUCGCGCUCUCGCAUGCUAUGGUGAACUGGAAACAUGCAUGGGCUGAGGGCAGUUGGGCACACACACCGAGGCUUGCUAGUACGGUGCAUGCAGCGGUCAGCCGGUAGCACUAUACUAUUAGUCCCUGUUUGGGAACAAAGUUUUUGAAAACUACAGUUUUUGAAAUAUUAUACUAUACUUUAGUUAUGACAAUACCGUAGUUUAUAAUACCGCAGUUUUGAAAACUGAGGUCCAGAGCUAAGUUUAGAAUGCCUUAAAACAACUAUAGUAUUUGCAAUACUUCAGUUUUGAAAACAGAGAUUUUACCCAGCUUGCCAAACACCAUUAUGUAUAUAAUACUGCAGUAUUUGAGAAUACUGCAGUAUUCUUCCAAAACUGCAGAAAAACUUUGUUCACAAA